AAUCACAUCACUUGGUGAAAUACUUUGUACGCUCUGUAAAAAGAGUGUAAAAAGAGAAUCAGGAGGAGGUGGUGUUUUUGGAUAUAAAGAGAGUGUGGUUCAUUGCUCCCUUUUCUUCUGCAUCUUAUUAACUAUGUCGAACAACAACAUCAGUGCCGUGGUAGCAGCAAUCAUUAUCUCUUUCUUACCAUUAAUGAUCUUACUUCUCAACCAACUGCGAAGGCUGUGGGAAUCCGUUGACUUCGGCUCAAGAUCCCAACAUGAAACUCAAACACAAAUAUUGUUGAAGCAUGUUAUAGAUAAGAAUAGGAGACAAGUUGUGUUUGCGGAGUGCGACAAUGACUUUGUGGAUGUGUUGCUUAGCUUUCUAACAUUACCAAUGGGAACAAUUAUAAGGGUUGCUGAUAAUAAGAAAUCUGGAAUUGGAUCUAUGGACGAACUGUAUAAGAGUGUAGAGGCUAUGAAUGGAGAGUUUUUUGGGACCAAAGCCUGCAAGAGCAUGUUGCUUGAACCAAGAAACGCUUAUGGAUUAGAGUUGAAUAACUUGGCUGUAAAGAUUGAUGGAAUAGAUUACACAAAGCUCUACACUUGCUCAAAAACUCCAUGCUUGAACUACGAGUCUUUGGGGUUUGUUAGCUUUUUCAAGAACUCAAUCUGUGCUUGUGGAAAAACUAUGGACAACAUACUGCCAAUGAAGUAUGCAGAUGGAGAUGUGUUUGGGAAUUUCAUUAGUGGAACAAAAAGGUUUAUUGUAAGUGAUGAUUUGCAAGUACUACCAGCAUCAAUAUCUAAUGCUCGUUUCUUUCUUCUAAGACAAGGCCUCGGAGAUCAUACCAGUGUCUAUGAGUGGAAUAUUAAUGUUGGUCUCCAAGAGGUUUUGCGGCUACUUCAUCACUCACUACUCUCCAAGACACCCUUAACAGCUGCUUUUCUGCCAAAGGCUGAUCAGAAUAUGAAUAUCGUUUUCUCACCGGAUUCAUUUCACACGCCUUGGCCUUACCAAUGUCCGGUGAUUAACAGCCAUUCCAGCUCUCAACACAAGUUGAAUGUGAAACUAUGGAUUAGCAAGUCAACAAAGAGAGUGAUAUGCAUUGAAGCAAAAGAAGAUUUCGUUGAUUUUCUGUUCUCCUUCCUCACCAUUCCCUUAGGUUCAGUCAUCAAGCUAUUUAAAGGGAAUUCCUUACUGGGAAACAUAGAUAACUUGUACAAGAGUGUACAAGAAAGUAGUGCUAUAUCCACAAGAUGUAAGGAGAUGCUUCUUAGUCCUAAGGUUGAACGCAUGUUUGGUUGUGAAAACCAAUUGCUUGAAGUGAAUGAAGAGGUGACUCCAACAGAGUUUGCUUACACCAAGUCCUACGCUUGUAGUUUACAAAACAAUUCUACAUGCUGUCUCAUUCAAUAUCAGAGGCUGAGACUAAUGAAUCCCAAAUGUCCAGGCAUGACCAAAACGGGUGGUGGUUUCGUAAGAGCACAACGGUGCUUUUUGGUCACGGAUAGUCUUGAAGUAGAACUCCUUUCUCCAGCAUCUGGCAUGAGCAGACUUGAGAUUCCAUUUACAGACUUGGAGUUCCUGCCCAUAGCAGUAGGAAGAAAAGAGGCUUUAGCUAUUUUCAAAGCAGCUAUGACCACCCGAAGUGUUCUCACUCAAGCUUUUAGCUCAAUGGUGAACAACAUCAAUAAUCUAAGAGAAAGUGGAAGACAAGUUAAGUCUACCGAGAAGAAACCUGAUACAGAGAAAAAGGUAGACUCGGAUCUGAUUAUCAAGCAAGCAAGAUCUGCAAUUGUGAUGAACUUGUCUGAUAAUGUUCUUAGAUAA